AUGGCCGCACCACCACUCAGCCCUACGGCCAUCACCCCCGCCAUACUCUCGAUAGCCAUCUACGCCCUCCUCUUCGCCCUCACCCUCGUGUUCCUCCCCCGAAAUGCCAUCGUCACACGUACGCUCAGUCUCGUCCCCCUCACCCUCGCAGCCUGCAGCGUCUUCCGAUAUGCCAUUGCCCUCGUCGGGCCAGCCGCGACGCGGCAGUCGUCUUUUCUCGGUCUCUUGAUCAUCCACUGGCUCGGGCUCGUCGAGUACAUUCUCCUCUCGCGGGUUGAUUCCGCCAAGCUUUGCUCUCUCGCUGCUCCUGCCGCCAGUGGCCAGACGGAGCGGAAUGGACAGGCAGGGCUGGCGCGGCAGCUCUGGCAGGCGCUCUCGCUGAGCUGCAACGCGCGGCGUCUGGGCACAGAGUGGGAAGUCAAGAACGUGUACCACCGCGCGGGUGGAGCGCAGACUAGACUGCGGUUUGUGGCGCAUGUGGUGCCGCGGAUCGUACUUUGCUAUCUGGUCGUGGAGGGGUUGACGUCGGGCCCGCUGCCGGAGGCGCGCUUCAUCACGGCUGAGAAGCAGACGGCGUGGAAGCUAUGGACACUGACUGGCGAGGAUGUCGGCUUCCGAGUGGGAGCGACGAUGUUUUUCUGGCUGAUUACGUAUUGUGUAAUUUACAUCCUUAUUCACGUCCCGGCUGUGGUGUCCGUCGUUCUGGGGAUGAGCGCUCCGGAGUUCUGGCCGCAUCUGUUUGGGCCGAUGUCUGCGCUCUACACCAUCCGUGGUUUCUGGGGCUCGUUCUGGCAUCAGCGCCUUCGCAAGACGCUCACGUCCUUGUCCGACUUCAUCGCCUCCGCCGUGCUCGCCAUCCCGCAUCCUAGCGUGCUGUCCACGUACACGCGGCUCUUCCUCGUCUUUGCUAUUAGCGGGCUGCUGCACCAUCCGGCAGACAUAUUCCAGGGCAUGCCGGUGACGCAGACGGCGUCGCUGGCGUUUUUCCUGAUGCAGCCUGUGGGCAUCGUGGCCGAGGACGCGGUGCAGGCGCUGACGCGAAGCUGGCCGCUGCCACGUGUGAUGAGGAGCAUCGCGGGGUAUGCGUGGGUGGCAUUAUUCCUAGUGUGCACGACGCCGACGUGGAUGUUUGGCGUGAUGAGGCUGGGACAGACGCCGGAUGUGCUGCCCAAGGUGGUGAAGCCGCUGGUGGACAUGUUGACUGCCAAGUAA